AUGAUGGUUAUGCAGCCCGAGGGUCUGGGGGUCGGGGAGGGGCCCUUCGUGGGCGGCAGCGGGGGCGGCGAGUACAUGGAACAGGAGGAGGACUGGGACCGCGACCUACUGCUCGACCCGGCCUGGGAGAAGCAGCAGCGGAAAACCUUCACUGCCUGGUGCAACUCACACCUGCGCAAGGCUGGCACCCAGAUUGAAAACAUCGAGGAGGAUUUCCGCAAUGGCCUCAAACUCAUGCUGCUCUUGGAGGUCAUUUCAGGAGAGAGGCUGCCCAGGCCAGACAAAGGCAAGAUGCGCUUCCAUAAAAUCGCCAAUGUCAACAAGGCCCUGGACUUCAUUGCCAGCAAGGGGGUUAAGCUGGUGUCCAUCGGCGCUGAAGAGAUUGUGGAUGGGAACCUGAAGAUGACCCUGGGCAUGAUCUGGACCAUCAUCCUCCGCUUCGCCAUCCAGGACAUCUCUGUGGAGGAAACCUCCGCCAAGGAAGGCCUGCUCCUGUGGUGCCAGCGGAAGACGGCGCCCUACCGCAACGUCAACGUGCAGAAUUUCCAUACCAGCUGGAAGGAUGGCCUGGCCCUCUGUGCUCUCAUCCACCGACACCGCCCCGACCUCAUUGACUACGCCAAACUGCGCAAGGAUGACCCCGUUGGCAACCUUAACACUGCCUUCGAGGUAGCCGAGAAAUACUUGGACAUCCCCAGGAUGCUGGAUGCAGAAGACAUCGUGAACACCCCAAAACCUGAUGAGAAGGCUAUCAUGACCUAUGUUUCCUGCUUCUACCAUGCCUUCGCCGGGGCUGAGCAGGCAGAAACGGCCGCCAAUAGGAUCUGCAAGGUACUGGCCGUGAACCAGGAGAAUGAGAAACUGAUGGAAGAGUAUGAGAAGCUUGCCAGUGAGCUGCUGGAGUGGAUCCGCCGCACCAUACCAUGGCUGGAGAACCGCGUGGGCGAGCCCAGCAUGAGCGCCAUGCAGCGCAAGCUGGAGGACUUCCGCGACUACCGGCGCCUGCACAAGCCGCCCCGGGUGCAGGAGAAGUGCCAGCUGGAGAUCAACUUCAAUACGCUACAGACCAAGCUGCGGCUGAGCCACCGGCCUGCCUUCAUGCCCUCCGAGGGCAAGCUCGUCUCGGACAUCGCCAACGCAUGGCGCGGGCUGGAGCAAGCGGAGAAGGGCUACGAGGACUGGCUGCUCUCGGAGAUCAGGCGCCUGCAGCGGCUCCAGCACCUGGCGGAGAAAUUCCAGCAGAAGGCCUCCUUGCACGAAGCCUGGACCCGAGGGAAGGAGGAUAUGCUGAGCCAGCGCGACUAUGAGUCGGCCUCCCUGCAGGAGGUUCGGGCGCUGCUGCGGCGCCAUGAGGCCUUUGAGAGCGACCUGGCGGCGCACCAGGACCGAGUGGAGCACAUCGCGGCGCUGGCCCAGGAGCUCAAUGAGCUGGACUACCACGAGGCGGCCUCCGUGAAUAGCCGCUGCCAGGCCAUCUGCGACCAGUGGGACACCUUGGGCACACUGACCCAGAAGAGGAGGGACGCACUGGAGCGGAUGGAGAAGCUCCUGGAGACCAUCGACCAGCUGCAGCUGGAGUUUGCCCGGCGGGCAGCGCCCUUCAACAACUGGCUGGACGGGGCCGUGGAGGACCUGCAGGACGUGUGGCUGGUGCACUCGGUGGAGGAGACCCAGAGCCUGAUGACUGCACACGAGCAAUUCAAAGCUACGUUGCCGGAGGCUGACCGAGAGCGAGGAGCCAUCCUGGGGAUCCAGGGGGAAAUCCAGAAGAUCUGCCAAACGUAUGGAUUGCGGCCCAGCACCACCAACCCCUACAUUAGCCUCACACCGCAGGACAUCAACACCAAGUGGGACAUGGUCCGAAAGCUGGUGCCCAGCCGGGACCAGACGCUGCAGGAAGAGCUCGCCCGGCAGCAGCUGAACGAGAGGCUCCGGCGACAGUUUGCUGCUCAAGCUAAUGCCAUUGGGCCCUGGAUCCAGGGGAAGGUGGAGGAGGUGGGGCGCCUGGCCACAGGGAUGGUCGGCUCUCUGGAGGACCAGAUGGCUGCGCUGCGGCAGCAGGAGCAGAACAUCAUCAACUACAAGAGCAACAUUGACCGGCUGGAGGGGGACCACCAGCUGCUGCAGGAGAGCCUGGUGUUCGACAACAAGCACACAGUCUACAGCAUGGAGCACAUCCGCGUUGGCUGGGAGCAGCUGCUCACCUCCAUCGCCCGCACUAUCAAUGAGGUGGAGAACCAGGUACUGACCCGAGAUGCCAAGGGCCUGAGCCAGGAGCAGCUCAAUGAGUUCCGGGCAUCCUUCAACCACUUUGACCGGGUCAGCAGGGGCCCACCGCUUCUGAUAAUCACUCAUGUGCCACAGAAGCGGAACGGAAUGAUGGAGCCUGAUGACUUCCGGGCUUGCCUCAUCUCCAUGGGGUAUGACCUGGGAGAGGUGGAGUUUGCUCGCAUCAUGACCAUGGUGGACCCCAACGCAACUGGCGUCGUGACCUUCCAGGCCUUCAUCGACUUCAUGACCCGAGAGACAGCUGAAACCGACACAGCUGAACAAGUUGUGGCCUCCUUCAAGAUCCUGGCAGGAGAUAAGAACUACAUCACUCCCGAAGAGCUGCGGCGGGAGCUCCCCGCUGAGCAGGCCGAGUACUGCAUCCGUCGCAUGACGCCCUACAAGGGCUCCGGGGCUCCAGCUGGAGCCCUGGACUACGUGGCCUUCUCCAGUGCCCUCUACGGGGAGAGUGACCUCUGA